AUGUCCCUUCCAUUGUUUCCUCACAGCUUUGAUGGCCAGCCAACAAUUGCAUCUGGUGAGCGUGGGCAAACCAGAAAUCAAUAUGCCUCAGAAGACAUGGUGAUAGAGCAACCAGACCCUUUUGGUACAAAACCAGUAAUUGGGCUGCUCUCCCAGACUCUUGUUUCCAGCCCAAUCAUCCAAUGGGUACUUCCAGCACGCCUGAGAAGCAAGUACCAGAAUGAUGUCGUGUUUGUUGGCGAGAGACACAUACAAAUCAAAGAAGCACUGUCGGGCGUCCACUUGGAGGAUGUCAAUUCAAAAUCAGACUUUGAUGCCUACAUUAUGGCUGCAAAGGUGAUCAACGUGAGCACGGAAUUGCCGUGGGAAGCUCAGAUGAAGCUGGCUGCCCACAACGCGACUGCGCCUACAAAUCUAGAUCCACGGCAAGAACUGCCCCCACAGAUACUAGUUCUAAGUCUUGCAUCGAGGGAAUUAGUGUUCAUUUAUUAUUCAACCACAAGCGGCCAAUUCAUCCAUCACCAUCGACCGCUACCAAAUGAUGUCAGUACAUUCGAGAGAUUCGGCCGCAACAUCGCUGUGGAACCGCGUUCACGCGCUGUAGCAGUCAGUGCUUCGGCUGAUUAUUUCGGAAUAUUUAUGUUGAGAAAGCCACCAGGUCUCCAAUCCCAAAUGGUUUCUGGUCGACUGGACCCCAUUGCAGAGGAACGCUUCUUUCGCGUCGACGGUGAUAUCAUGUUCAUGGAAUUCUUGUACCCGAAAUCUGAAGACGGUAACAAAAUAAUCCUACUGCUGUUGGUCUCGCACGAACAGAUGACACACGCCAUCUGCUACGAAUGGCACGCGGAUGAGACAAUACGACAAGCUUCUCCAAGGAUGACCAGGAGAGUAUUGCCACUUGAGGACAGGCUACCAACAAUGUUGAUCCCAUUGACGAAGACAUCCUCAUUCAUGCUUAUCACAACGACUUCAAUGGCUGUCUAUAAAAAUAGGCUGGAUCCUCGAAGACAGCCUAGCCGAUAUCCUCUGCCUGCCCCUGACCGCGAAUCCCAGAAAGCACCCCUCUGGACACGCUGGGCAAGACCACUACGCAAUUGGCUAUACAACCAGAGACAUGACGAUAUCUACCUCUGUAGAGAAGAUGGCAGAGUCUUCUACUUGGGAAUUGGCAACGAAGGUGAACUGGAGAAUCAAGCACAUUUGGGACGACUUUGUUGCGACGUCGAUGCCGCGUUCGAUAUUUUAGAUAUCGGCCACGAGGGUGGUGAUCUUCUUUUAACCGCUGGAACUACGGGAGACGGCGGUCUUUUUGUUCAGAAGGCUCGGGACCAUCCAAGGUGUGUCCAGAAAUUCAUUAAUUGGACCCCAGUCACAGACUCGGUCGUUGUGAGCGGUAGUCGGGAUCCGUCGGCCUCUGAAGCUGCCAGUGAUAGGGUAUUUGUUUGUUCCGCAUCUCCAUUCGCUCGAGGCGCCAUAGUUGAGCUUCGGCACGGCCUGGAGGCACAGAUUGGAUUGGUUGUCUCUUUGGAAGAACUGACAAGCACGAGAGAUAUCUGGACGAUGUCUAACGAAGUAGGCGGUGGCGUCUUCAUCCUAUUCUCCGACCCUGUUUCCUCCAUUCUUCUUUAUCUGCCUUCUGAUUUCGGGGAAGAAAUGUGCGCCAUUGACGAGGCAGAUUCCGGGCUGGAAUUCAGUGCCCAAACGUUGGCUGCCGGUUGCACCAGCUCGGGUGUCAUCGUACAGGUAACCGAGAAGGCAAUCCUUCUUGAAACAGUGAGCGGAUCGACACUUAAAACUCGUUUUGACUAUGACGACGAGCAAAGUGUUGCUGUUGCGGCGAUCAACCGCUCGGCAUCGCUCAUUGUGACCGCCGUGCGGACGCGACAUGAAGUACACCUCUACGCCAAAAGGGCCGGUAUCUCGGACGAUGAGGUCCAACUUUUCGACUUGGAAGAUCCAUCAAAGCUGCCCUAUGAGCCGGUGUGUAUGUCUAUUGAGACUUUGGGCUCCUCUACUUUUAUAUUUAUAGGUACAGGCAAUGGGAAAGUCUUGAUCUACAGUAUCAAAGAAAGAAUCACGCUUGAAUCAGAAACCUCAGUUGCAGUACAAGAAGGGGAUGAUCUGUCCAAGGCCAUUGAGAGUUUGGCAGUGAUAUUCACUCAAAGCAAAGAACAUUCUCAGAGAUACACCGUCCUAUGCGGACUAAGAAGUGGCGUCCUCGUUCCUUUUGAGAUGGCGGUAGACGUUUGUGAUUUGGGAUCUCCAAUCGGUUUGAAACAAGGGAGCCCGCGCCGGAUAGGAAGCACCUCGGUUAAGAUACAAGGCAGGGGCCAUUUUGCUUUGCUUACUUGUGGACAUGGUUUCUGGCAAGCGUCAUGUCCUGAGGAAGAUGGCCUUCUGGACCCAAAUCUACACCUACAGAGGAUCUGGAUCACCGAUAAAAACAAUCCCGCCUACCAUCCUAGUAACAUCGACAGUUUUGCCAUGGCGAAGAUCACGGAUCCCAAUGUCGACGGCGUAUCCGACACCUUGUUCUGCAUUGCGGAUGGUCAGCUUCUGAUCUGUACUUUGGACCAUGCAGCGAAGACAGUGCCUCGGAGGAUUGAUCUACCAGGCAGUGCAAACAGGCUGGCUUAUUCCAGUCAUUUGAAGAGCCUAAUUGUCGCUUACACUCAGACCGAACUCGAUACCGAUUCUGACCCUAUCCGGCGGCUGACUCGGCCUUUCAUCGAGUUCGUGGAACCCGAUACGCAACGUGGGAUAGAGAGAUCCACGGAAGUGCCCGAGGAGGAUGAGAACCCGGCAUGGAGGCCUAGUGGGGCGGCUGGAGAGAAGAUCAGCUGUAUCUUGGAAUGGACACCCAGAAAAGGCGAUGAAGAAUAUCACUUCAUUGUCAUUGGCACAGCGAGGAAGCAGCAACAAGACCGAGGGCGAGUCAUCUUCCUGCAAGCAGCUCGUAACCCAUCCAAUCCUUCUAGGAUUGAAUGCUCUGUGAAGUAUGUCCACAAGUUCGAGGGUCCAGUCUACUCGAUUGCGCCAUACGGCGACUUUACUCUGAUGGUCUCCACCGGGCAUGAGAUCGUGCCUUUGGAACCCAAGUUCUCACAGACACGCCGUGCUCGGGCAGCACGAUACUCAACGCUAUCUCCGGCCGUUUCCAUGAGUUGCCAUGAGCCAUACGUGUACAUGUCAACAUCAAGGGAAUCGCUGAUGGUGCUCAAAUUCUCUGAAGACAAAAUGGUGCUUCAUGCUUACGACCGCCAAAAGCAUGAUGGACUGUCCCAUUUCCACCUUGGCGGAGAGUUCAAUCUAACCAUCACCAGCAGCAGAGGUGGCAGAGUCAGCGUACUUACAGAGAGGGGAAUCACAGAGAACGACAAGAUGAUGCCGGUGGCGCUCUGCGAGGCCCAUCUUGCUUCGUCUGUCAUGAAACUCAGCACUGGAUCAAAGCCCUCUCCUCUAUCUUCCCCAUUUCCUGUGCUGUACGGCAUCGCCAUGAACGGUACAGCCUACCGAUUCCUGACUUUGAAUGAGAAAGAGUGGCGUCUGCUACGUUUACUUCAGAGUCUUUGCAUUCGCGAUAUCCUUCUAUGCCCUUUCACGCCGAAGCGAAAACGCAGACGGAAUCCAAUAGGCAGUGGCGCCGCAGAACCCCAGCCUUCCCACAUGCAUAUCGAUGGGGACAUACUAAGCCGCCUCGCCAUUCGUGGGUCGGAUUAUCUGACGCAGAUGUUGAUGACCCAAGCUUUUGAAGAUACGGCAUCUCCAGAAAAUGGUACAGCACAGGCCACCAUGGAGCGAUUCGCCGAGCUAUCCAAUGAGUUGCUGGGAGAAUGCCCAAAUCAAAUCGAAGAGGUCAUGAGAUGGCUGAAAAGAACACUUCAUGUGGAGUUCUAA